AUGAUAGGAGAGGACUGGAAUGCUAUUGUGGACAACAGUGAAAAAAGAGAGCAAUUGGUGGAAUUGGAGGAUGAAGAGCAAUUGGUGAAAUUAAGGCAGAGAGCUUCAUUGCCGGAAAAGCUGGUCAUGCCGAGUUUUGUGAGUAGGGAUUUUGAUACUGACCCGUUUAAUUCGUUGUUCGAGAGGUUCAGAUGGCGGAGAUUUGGGAGUGAAUCUAGGGAUUUGGCCUGUGAUUUGGUUGUCAGAGCUCGUCGGAGCUCGCGAAGGUUGUUUCAGCCGCGAGUUAAGGGCUACCCUCACGUUUGA